ACAUGCUCUGUGUUGGCAGUUGCGCGGAGUAACGAACGAAGCGUAUUUUUGAAUGAAUUGCUAAUAAGAAAAAGGUUUUGUGUUCAAGGAACAUUUUUAAAACCUAAAAGUACUUUUAUAUAACUUAACCUAUCAAUAAAACAUUCAAUAUUGUUACAACAUCUAUAUAAACAUGUCUGAAUCGGAACCCGCCGAAGUUGUUGAUCAAGAAACUAAACAUGAACAUAGCCCUAGAAAACGCAUACGGCACCGCAAGAAGCAACUUUACGAGAAUAUUCUGAAACAAAUGGAAUUCUACUUUAGUGAUGCCAACUUAACUAAGGAUAGAUUCUUAGGAGACCUCGUGAAGAAUGAUCCUUACGUGCCGCUAGAAUUGUUCCUAAAGUUUAAUAAAGUCCGGUCGUUGACGCAGGAUGUCAGCGAUAUAGCAAAAGCUAUGAAGAACUCAACUCUAUUGGAAUUGUCAGAAGAUAGAUUGAAGGUGAAGAGAAAGACUGCAGUUUUACCAUAUGAUGCUGACUCAAGGACUGUGUAUGUAGAGUCUAUUCCAGUGACAGCUAGCAGGGAAUGGCUGGAGAGAGUCUUCUCGGACUAUGGACAUGUUGCUUACAUAUCUCUGCCGAAGUUCAAAAACUCACAGAAAAUUAAGGGUUUUGCAUUCAUCGAGUUUAACAGACCAGAGGAUGCACAAAAAUGCAUAUCUACAUUCACUAAAAUGGGCUCAGAAGAACCAUCAAUGGACACAACAGAGAAAAAGACAGAAGAAGAAGAUGAACCACCAAAGAAAAAGAAAAGGAAGGAUAAAAAGUCCCUUCAAAAGAGUUUGGAGUUGAAGUUGGGAAGCGAGUCCGAUAGUGAGAAGAGAGUUGAUACUCCUACUGAAGAAACAAAAAGCAUUGCGAGCCUGUCAACACCAACAGAGGAAAACAAAUUACUUGAUCUAGAAUCGAAGGAUGAAAUGACUAGUCAAGAUGAAGGGAAGGACACAGGAGAAAGUCCACGGAAAAAGAAAACUCGAAAGCGUACUGCAAAAGAACGUAGCAAUGCUAAGAAUAAUUUAAGUAAAAAUGAGGCUCCUAGAGGUGCAUUGUGGGGUUUACAAGUGUUAUCUAAGUCUGAGUGGAAAGCGUUAAGGAAUAAGUAUCUAAACUUGCAAAGAAAGUACAUGAAGGAGAUGAAGACUAACUUACAUAAUAAGAAGCAUCAGUACUCUAGUAUACCGGCGCCCGCCGCUCCUUCUAUUGAAGUGGAACCAGGUUUGCCAUCAGGCCAAACAGAUGCUCCCAAAGGAAUAGCGUCUGUAGAAAAACUUCCAGGUUUAUUUGUCAAAGAAAUAUUACCAGAACCAUGCUUAGAUGUCAGGCUUACAAAAAGAACGAUCAGGAGCAACAUUCACGCGCUACAUGUCGACGUGAAGGAAGGCCAAACGGAGGCAAUUAUUAGAUUCGACACACCAAAAUCUGCAGAAGAGUACUGUGCCAACACAACCAACCACGCGCGCGUCCUGUCAGGUCCUGAAGAGGAGGAGCAGUGGGCUAGAGCGGAGAGCGCCCUGUCACAGCGGCGGCCGCGCGGGCGCUGCCGCCUGCUCAGCCAGCGCGACCUGCAGGCCACGCCGCGACCACUCGCACCCGCCUCACCACAACCAACUCACACGCAUAUACGAUUCGAAGAUGAAUAAUUUUUAAAGGUUUCAAAGAACUCUUCUCAACAUAUUUUGGUAUUAAAUUUUUUUGUUAAUAGGAAUGAUCACUAUAUUAUUAAGAUUUGUGAGUUACAUAAUGGGCGCGUAUUUUUUGUUUCAUCAUAAAAGGAAAGAACUAAGUUUUUUCUACCAUGGACAAAACAAUCACUUUGUCACAAGCCAUUUAAAAAUACCAGCCUAGCAUUGUGAUUAACUGGCAAAGAUCAGACACAAUAUCUAUUAUCCCACAUUGUAUUUAUUUCACUGAAAAAGAUUUAUUAUUUUCAAGUAGCAUGUAAUAUGUAAGUAUCUUAUCUAAAUACAUAUAAAUCCUUUUGAAGGUAACUAUGCAUGUUUUAUUUAUUCAAAUAACAUGUAACAUAACAUAGCAUCACGCCUUUAUAGGCAGAGGUGCACAUUAUGCCACUGU